AUGCGUAGUAUCUUGUAUGGACUACUCGCAUUCAGUGGAAUAUCGCUUGCAGCGGCACAAAGUGCUGAGGACUAUAAAGUAACAUCGUUGCCUGGCAUCGAUAUCAGCACAUUGAACUUUACACAAUAUGCAGGACACAUUGAGAUUUCAAGCGAGACGAAUGCAAAUCUGUUCUUUUGGAUGAUUGAAAACGAGAUUAAAUCUGGCAACGAGAAACUAAUUGUUUGGCUGAAUGGUGGACCUGGCUGUUCAAGCAUGGAUGGCCUCUUUUUAGAGAAUGGACCUUUUCGAGUGAACCCUGAUCUGUCACUGUCAAUCAAUGAAGGAGGAUGGCAGAAAUAUGCCACCAAUGUCUACUUGGAUCAGCCUGUAGGCACUGGCUUUAGUUUUGCAAACACAGACAGCUACAUGCACAAUAUGAGUCAGAUUACAGAGGAAUUUGUUACAUUUGUGGACAAACUGUUUAUUGCAUUCCCCCACCUUGCUCAACAAGAUUUUUACAUUGCGGGAGAAAGUUACGCUGGCACCUAUAUCCCUUAUUUUGCAUCAAGGCUAUUGGAAUUGAACAAGGAGCACGGCAAAUACAAUCUCAAGGGCAUCGCGAUUGGCAAUGGCUGGAUCUCAGCAGAGCACCAGUACAAUGCUUACUAUGAUUUCAGUGUGCAACAUAACCUAGUAGAUAAGGACAGACUGCCCAUCAUCUCGGCACAUUUGAAGAAUUGUCAAAACGAUAUCAAAGACAAGGAGACCAUUCACGUCAACUCAUGCGAGCGAAUCCUAACAGACGUGAUUGACAGUAGUACACAUGAAAACAAGGCUGGCGACAAGAUUUGUAUGAACAUGUACGAUAUUCGACUCAAGGAGGAAACUUAUCCAGAAUGCGGCUUAUCAUGGCCUUAUGAAUUGGAUGAUGUGACAAAGUAUCUAAGAUUGGCCGAGGUAAAGACAGCUGUGCAUGCAGACAAACAAACACUAGGCUGGAAGGAAUGCACAUCACUGGUAUCUGCUGAAUUACAUGGUGAUCAAAGCAAACCUGCAUAUUAUUUAUUACCCGGGAUUCUCGAGGAAAUUCCUGUACUCCUGUUCAGUGGCGAAUACGAUUUGAUCUGCAACUAUGUCGGGACAGAGUAUUUGAUUGGAAACAUGACAUGGAACGGAUCAAGAGGUUUCAGUAAGAACACCAAGAAGGAAGUAUGGAAGAUUGACAACAAGUUGGCUGGCUAUUAUACCCAGGAGCGCAAUUUGGUCUAUGUAUUGAUCAAGGACGGAAGUCAUAUGGUACCUUACGACCGGCCCAUUGAAUGUCUGGACAUGAUCAAUCGAUUCAUGCAAGUAGGCGACAAUGUCGUUCAGGGUAGACUCAGUCAAGUAGGCAAUGGCACUACUCCCAUCACCACGCCAACCACCAAGCCAGCCCCAAGACCCUCUUUACCAGCGCCCUCCAGCACAAAAACUGAGAAAGAUACCAAUUCGCAAGACGAGUUGGAGGAGGGCGAGCUCAUGCCAGAAGAUAAAUGGAGCCAGUAUUAUAAUUGGGGAACCAGUACCUUGAUCAUUGUCAUCUUGUUUGCGCUGACUCUCUGCUGUUGUUGGUGUCGUGGCAGUAGACGACCUUCGGCAUCAGCAGCAGAUGAAUUUGGUGGUGCACCUCAACAAGUACGUGAAGGUGUCCAUAGUAAUAAGAACUCGCUGCUUGGCUUUGUCCGCAAUCUGUUUAACCGAGGUAAAUCAGCCAGCGCAAAUCGACGUAAAUUUCGUUUGGGCGAUAAUGACGAAUCCAAUGAAUUGGAUGAAUUGGUAAUUGAAACACCCAUGUUGUUUGAAGCAGACGAGGAUGAAGAUGACAAUGUGAAUCAGCAUCAUCAGCAUUUCGCAAUCGAUGAUGAAGACGACCAUGAAGACGAGGACGAUGAUUUUGAAGAUUUUGCAGAUUUUGAUGAUGGAGAAGCACUCACAACCAAUACCAAACAUACUUCCAAUCCCAAAAAGUUUAAAAAGAAGGAUUAA